CCCCGUCCUGUGGCCUGAGAUGGGGAACACGUUGGGCCUGGCUCCGCUGGCGGCUUUGCCCCGCCGGAGCCCCCGUCGAGAGGAACCCCUGCCCAACCCCGGGAGCUUCGAUGAGCUGCACCGCCUGUGCAAAGAUGUCUUCCCAGGACAGAUGGAGGGCGUGAAGCUCGUGGUCAACAAGGUUCUGAGCAGCCAUUUCCAGGUGGCGCACACUGUGCACCUGAGCGCGCUGGGCCUGCCUGGCUACCACCUCCACGCGGCCUAUGCAGGGGACUGGCAACUUAGCCCCACCGAGGUUUUCCCCACUGUGGUAGGUGACUGGGACAGCAGCGGCAGCCUCAACGCCCAGGUCCUGCUCCUCUUGGCAGAGCGGCUCCGCGCCAAGGCUGUCUUCCAGACGCAGCAGUCCAAGUUCCUGACCUGGCAGUUUGACGGCGAGUACCGGGGAGAUGACUACACAGCGACUCUGACCCUCGGAAAUCCUGACUUGAUUGGGGAAUCGGUGAUCCUGGUCGCUCACUUCCUGCAGAGCCUCACACGCCGGCUGGUGUUGGGAGGAGAGCUAGUGUAUCACCGGCGGCCAGGCGAGGAGGGGGCCAUCUUGACCCUGGCGGGGAAGUACUCCGCUGUGCACUGGGUAGCUACGUUGAAUGUGGGAUCCGGUGGGGCCCAUGCCAGUUAUUACCACAGGGCAAACGAGCAGGUUCAGGUUGGUGUGGAGUUCGAGGCAAACACCAGGCUACAAGACACAACCUUCUCCUUUGGUUACCACCUGACUCUGCCGCAGGCCAACAUGGUGUUUAGAGGUGUGGUGGACAGUAACUGGUGUGUGGGUGCUGUGCUGGAGAAGAAGAUGCCCCCGCUGCCCGUCACCCUCGCCCUGGGGGCCUUCCUCAACCACUGGCGCAACAGGUUCCACUGUGGCUUCAGCAUCACUGUGGGCUGAGGCGCCCGAGCCCCCACGGCAGCUGCAGCCUCUGAGUUAGGUGCCCGGGGCCAGAGACUGGGCCUUCUCUGGAGCCCACCUGGCUGGGUGACCUCGUGGUCCCAGGAGCAGAGUGGGGGAUGGGGCCGUGCCCUCGCUGAUGAGACUGUGGUCUGAGGACCACCUCUGCGCCCCCCCCGCCCCCCCCCCCCCCCGCACGCCGUCUGUCCUGCUGCGGCUCUGGCCUAAGGGAGAAGGGGCAGGGGCCUGUCUGGCUGAGUUGUCCUCCUCAUGCUCCCCCUUCUGCAUUUCCCGGUGGAUUAAAGCUCCUCACCUCUU